GCACCAUCAGCAGCAUCACAGAAAAGAUGUAUCACAUAGAGCUGGACUCUGGCGGUACGGCGUGCGUGAAGCAAGCUUUCGUCACUGCCUUUGACCGCGGCCGAGCUGGCCGUGGUGGCCAAGCAUUCCAGCGAGUGUCUGGCGACUCUGAGAGCGUUCUGCCAAGUGACAGCACCGGAGAAGCACCAUUGGCUCAGUGGCUUUGGAGUGGCAUCAAAACCAUCACCAUUCAGGCACCCCACGAGAAGGAAGAAGAAUGCUUCAUCACCUGCUACUUCGGACAACGUCGAUUGCCGCCUCUGGAGGAAGCACUAUCACGAUCAAUCAAAAAUCCACCGUCAGCGACACCGACGCGGACUCUUGGGGGGCAGGAGUACCACCUGCUGUCCACCAAAGUUCUAGACGACGGCACCCACUUCUGGGGCGGCAAGAAGAAAAAGCUGCGCAUGAUGUAUGUGGCGCAGGGCGAGCACUCCCUUCAACACGAGCUUGAACGUUUGGCUGAUUUCCCUUCCAUUCCGCGCUCAUGCAAGAUUGCGUCGAGACUGGAGCUUAUGCAAAGCCCAGGUACCGUCUACAAGUCGACCGCUGAACACUUCGAGGAUAUUCCCGAGCCGCAGCCCUCAACUGAGUCCGGCGGCUGCGGCUUCAUCCCACAAGAACUGCUGUACGGACUGGUUGCAGGGAGACCAAAUGCAGACAGAAUCACCUCCAUCCAGGUGAGGAUUUUUGGACCAUGCCUCGGCGUUCUGAAGGGCAUGCUGACGCUGAGGAGGAAUAUUCAGAAGAUCCAGCUGCCACCUUCGAUGCGGAAGGUGGGCCCCUCCAAGGUGUGUUCCGAUGAGUUUGUCUACGUUGUGGUGACGCAAACUUUUCCCUCGUCCACGAGCUUUGAACUUGCCAAGUGCUUGCUGGGCACAGAGAAGAGGCAAGCCACGCAGAGCUUGCUGAAGCAGCAGGGGCCGAAGCUCUCAGAUAUGGUACGGCGGUUGCUACAGGGACUGGGUGUGGGGCAGAACGACAUGUCUGCCUUUGAGAAGGAGCGUCCCAGGCCAGGUCUUCAUUCCUGA